AUGAGUACAGCACCGAAUCUUAACGUGAUACGCUACGACGUGCCUAAUGGCGACUUUUGUGCGUACUUGAAGGGUUUUUGGAAGCGAAACCUCGAGUGGCGUCACUUUGGUGCCAGUUUUAAGCAUUUACGCUCGACAAAUAACGUCGUAUUCAUUGAGGAAGAUCUUGACGCAGCGCGACAGCCCAAUACGCAGUUUCUUCGCUGGUCAUUCGGACGAACUCACCAUAAACAGGAUCUUGCUCGAGCUUAUACGGUGCAGUUUAUUCCAGAUGAACAAGGCACAUUUAUGGAGUGGAGUUUUGAAGGUGUCACAUGUCAUGGAGUUUUCAAGCCCGAGGCCAGUGUAGCCAUUCUUAACUUUUGUCUACAAGAGUCGAUGGUUACUAUUACCUACCGAGUUCUUGAUGCCAACACCAUGGCUGUGUGCAUUGUGGACGUUGACAAUGAGCAUACGCCUACGGUCCAAUACGGAAACAUGUAUCGCAUUAACCCGUCCAAGUAUGAGCGUGAACCAGAGGACUGA